AUAUGAUGGCAUGAACCAGGAUAGCAAUCCCGCUUGUCAUCAUGUUUCCGAACUCCAUCACCCUCGUCCUUGCCGGUAAUUGGAAUAGCAGCCCCGGCGACAAGAGAAUGAACAAGACCACCGCAACAACGACCGGCCCCCAAUCAGCACUCAUCAUUCCCUCUGCUCUCGCUCCGCUUACAAAAUCAAGGUAUGGAAACUUGUGAAAUGGAUAGAUAGGUCUGUUAUGAUGUCUCCUAUUAUGUAGAAGAAAGCUUAGUUUCUUAGUGAAGAAGAGACAAGGAUGCUAAACUUACUAAGAAAGAAGACCUCAGGAUUAAAGGAGAGGAAAGGUAUUAGGAGAAGGUGGUGGGUUUACUUUAUGGGGAUGAAAGCAAUAAAACAAAGGUGUUUGCUUUCAUAAGCUUCCAUUAAGUGUUUGUUAGAAGGGUGCUUUUCUUCUCGCUUUAGAGAUUGAUGUAAGGUGGAGUCUUCUUUCCAGAGAGAUCUGUAAAAUAAUGUUGCAACAGAUGAACUGUAAAGUCGUGGUUAAUCUAUGCAUGUUUAGAAUGCUUACCUUGUUUGGUUUGCCUUUCAACAGGAAAGAAAAGCUAAAAGGGCACUACACCAAGGAUGUAGGUACUACCAAAAGAUGAAAAUACAUUUAACUGUUACUUUCUUUGAAUAAUGUAGAAACAUGUCUGCUAUUUGAAUUGACUAAGGUCAACAAUGGAUAAGCGACCCUGAUUCUUUUGCUUAAUUAGAUGACCAAGUAGUAGGAGUCUGGACCAAACUAGGACAAAGGAUCGGGCCCUGCGCUAGUUGAUUGGCCCUGAAACAAGGUCCAAGUUGAUAUUAGAGCCAUCAGAAAAUCCAAACAAAAGAGGGAUUAGAGAUGCCGUCCAAUGGGGAUUGUUGUAUCCAUCAGAGUAGCGUUGUAAUCCAAGGUAUCCUCGGCCGUCUGAAGAUUUCUAAGUUCUAACUUUUAGUUUGGUCGUGGAGUAUGCAUUCUCUUUUGUCUUUUCUAUAGUUUGACUCGCUCUAUCCCCAAACCCUUCUCUUUUUAUUGUGCUUCCUUUCUCUCAUUUCUAUGCUUUCAGUGCUAGCACGGUGGCACCGCUACUAGUGCUACACAUCUUUUCAACUUUUAGAGUAGUCGUAAAAAUGGCGGAUUGGGGGCCGGUGUUGAUAGCGGUGGUGCUGUUCGUACUGUUAACUCCAGGAUUGCUGUUCCAGCUACCCGGGAACAGCCGAGUGGUGGAGUUUAACAACAUGCAGACGAGUGGAGUUUCCAUUUUGGUGCACACCAUCAUUUACUUUGCACUCAUCACCGUCUUUCUCAUAGCUAUUGGUGUUCACAUCUACACCGGCGGCGGCGGCUAGCUGCUUCAGCCAUCCGAUUCCACUGCCCGCUGCUUCCAUGUCUGUUGCAGAUUGCAUCUGGAGUCUUUUAUAUACAUGUAUACUUUAAAUAAAAUUUAUGGAGUCUAUGUUGAUUAAAA